CUCAUCAUCUCCUACCCUCUCUUCCUCCAUAGAAAAAUUCCUUUCUGUGUAUCGGUGCAGCCACUCGUUCCUGUUCUCCAAUCGAAGUUCACCAAUGGCGGGACGUGGCAAAACCCUAGGUUCGGGAACCGCCAAGAAGGCCACUUCUCGGAGCAGCAAGGCCGGUCUGCAAUUUCCGGUUGGUCGUAUCGCUCGGUUCCUGAAGGCCGGCAAGUACGCUGAGCGCGUCGGUGCUGGUGCUCCGGUCUAUCUCGCCGCCGUCCUUGAAUACCUAGCAGCGGAAGUUCUUGAAUUGGCGGGCAAUGCAGCGAGAGACAACAAGAAGACUCGAAUUGUACCGAGACACAUUCAAUUGGCCGUGCGAAACGAUGAGGAGCUCAGCAAGCUUCUCGGGGACGUGACGAUUGCUAACGGAGGCGUGAUGCCCAAUAUUCACAAUUUGCUCCUCCCGAAGAAGACCGGGGGCUCUGGAUCGAAGCCGUCUGCUGAUGAUGACAGUUAAUUAGCUCAAGGGGCGUCCUUGAUGUGGACUCUGGCUUUGAAAUUUAGUGUCUUCUAGGUUUGGGUUAAAGCUUGAGUGGUCUGUUCUUGUAGUAUCGCGAUUAUUAUUUAGGGUUUUAGCUGUGAUGUGAAUAUUUUCUGUUCACCCGAUACAAUGAAAUCGUGGAAAUUUUAUGAAAGAUUUAUGCAAGUUAUUUAUCGA